CUAUCCAGUCUCGAUUUCGAAUGGACCAUUCUCAAUCACGACAACGAAAAUCGUUGGGAUAAGCGCUUUCAACAGCUCGUGGAUUACAAAGCCCAACACGGGCAUUGCAAUGUUCCGCAAUCUUGCCCACUCGGUAAAUGGGUCAAAAUGCAACGCGAACAAAAGGCGGAAGCCGAUCUGGAGCAGACUGGGCAGCGCGUCAUGCGAGGCAAACCCCGUCCUAUGAUUCCACCGGCCCGUGAAGCCAAGCUCACUGAGCUUGGCUUGCAAUGGCGGCUUGCCAAGGUUGUUGGUUGGGAAAAGCGCUACGAUCAAUUGCUGGAAUACAAGGCCAUUCACGGACAUCCUCAUGUGCCUCAGUCCUAUCCACCAGACAAAUGUUUUGGAAGAUGGGUUAUGAAGCAACGAUCCGAGUACAGCUUGAAGCGCAGGGGCAAGAAAUCGCAACUGACAGAAGAACGUAUUGCCAGUCUCGAGGAGAUUGGGUUUGCCUGG